CAGCGUCCUUUCCGAUCGGUCAUCACCAGUCCACGUCUGUUGUUUGCUGCCGGAGCUUGUCUCUUUCCUUCUAUAUUGCCCCUCCUUGGGCCAGUUCCUUUCUUUCUUCUCCGUCGGGUACGUUUUGCGAUCCGCGUACUCUCCGGUUGCCUCGGAGUUUGUCUGACCCCUGUUCACAAAGCACGGUUCAAGUCACCCCUCAUAGUGACGCCAACAUUACUAUUUGUUGUCUGAACCCUUCGCAAAGGCUGCUCUGCCACCGCCCACCACACCAUGGAUUCCAUGAGAUCCCUCAACACAUCACUACCUAGCUCGACGCCUCGAGCACAACCGCCGGAGCAACUUCUACAGUCAUUCAAGGCCGCUGCGCUGUCCGUCACCAACCUCUACAAGAAUGCCGUUUACGAACAGGCGCAGGCCAAACAAGCCGGCUACCAAGAAGCAAUUGAAGAUCUCCUGCACUUUUUAGAUCGAGAGAACCUCGGUCUCGGGGAUGGAGAGGGCUGGAAGGUUCGACAAUGGGCCACGGAACGGAGUGAUGGUAUUGGGGCCCCCAGCGACGACGAUGAGGUUGAGAAACAGACUCGAGGCGCAACACCCGCUGUAGCCCGCAAGGCACAGCCCGAUUCCGAAAAUCCCCAGCCGUCAUCCAAGCCUGCAUCACCUGCGGCGGAAGAGCAAGGUGCAGCACCAGCGCAGCACCAACCUCCCGCACCUCCGUCCCAAGCCCCAGAAGCCAACGCUUUUGAUCGACCGACUAUCUUCACUUUCUCUGCUGGACCGACCUUCCCACAACUUCCUGAACAAGAAAUGGACAUGCAGGCCUCGGACAGCUCGACCCCUGCGUCCCAGGAUGGUGCCCCAGUCAGCGUCUCCGUUUUGUCUCGAAACUCCCGGCAACAGAAUCGUCACAACAACUUCUCACGACCGAACCCUCGGUCGUCCCCUCGCGAAUCAUCCGUCGGACUUGGCUCGAAACGAAAGCUUGCCGUUCCAGAUUUUUUCGACUUAUCUGGGCUAGGCAAUCGAGACAUGUUUGGGGGUGGCAAACGUGGCCGCUUCACCUAGAAGAUAUGGUAUCGACGAUUAGACGAACAUAUUCUUACGGUCACGCAGCGGUCAAUCCAUUCUUGUUUUCCUUUUCUUUCUACUUUCGGUGCAUUAGUGGGAGUAUUGCAUGUGGUACAUCGGACCACGGGUUGUUUUUCCUCUCCUGUCAUCUUUACCUUAUACUUGUGACUCAUAUCCUCCUUUUCUUUGCCCAUGUUUGAUUCUCCUUCCCUUCCUGCAUUUUCCUUGGUCAUCAUAUCUAUUAAAUCUAUAGAGGUUAUCAGACGCGGUGAUACCCGGUGAGGCGGCUAGUGUUAUAUUAAUCGUACGAUCCUUUCUAUAUGCUACUUUGUACAUGUGUAUUACGAACAGAAGUGCUUGGCUUGACGUGCAUUCCCAUCAAAACAACCCAACGCCGUGAGCAGAGUACAUGAUAUACAAAUUGGCCUGGGUAUCAGUU